UGGCCGUUGAAAAAGAAAGCAAAAAUAAUAAAGAAAAGAACUUCCCACUUCAAACCAGAUUCCUAUCUUGUUAACAGCCGGAGCAGCCGCCAUUUCUGAGCAAAACCAAAGCCAUAAUGUUAUCUUCUUCAUCUCUGUACUCAAACCCACAUCCCCACCUCCAUCCUCUUCAUUUCCGCCCUCCAAAUCCUCUCUCCCAUGUCUUCCACUUCCCCUCCACCCACAAACCCAACGCCACCGUCUCCUCCGCCGAUCUCCGCCCCAACAAUCCGACAGAAAAACCAUCCACCAGCGUCUCCGAUCACAUCUAUCCCAAACCCCGCAAACACAAUUCCAAAUCCGCCUCCCUUCUCAAGCACUACCUAUCUUCCGGCGAAUCCCCUAAUCCACAAAACCCAGAACCCCCUUUGCCCGAAGAAGAGAGAGUGAAGCUUCUUGAGCUCUCGCUUGUGAGAAAACGAACCCCCCAAUUUCCUGGAUCCUUAUAUGUUCAAUCCCCGAGUGAUUUCGAUGUGGGUUCUUCUCUUCCUCCCCUGCAAUCUCUGUUUCGAAAUGGAGGAAGUGAGUUUUAUGGUGAAGAUGACCGGAAGAUGAUAAGGAGGGCUCUCGAGAUUCGCCGGAAGGUAACCUCUGAGAUCUUUAAAGAGGCGAUGCGAAAGGGGAAAUUUGGAAUUACUUACACCAACAAUUUGCUUGGGUGGUUGUCUGAUUUCAUUGAUUUUGUGAUGAUUCAAGCUGCGUCCAUGAAACAGUCCCCUGAAUUUGCUCAUUUGUCGUUCAAUGUUCGUGCUAAGACCGUCAUUGAAGAUUCAGAUGUUGUACCACUUAUCAGGUGGUUGAAGCAUAACUCAUUGUCAUAUCCACAGAUAGGAAAGCUCAUUUGCAUGUCGAAGGGAAAGCUUGAAUCUAUUAGACGUCUUGUGGAAUGGCUGAAAGGAAUUCUUGUGAAGGGGGGAUAUCUUGGACUUACACUCACGAAAGCUGGAGGGAACAUAUUGGAACGCAGCAAUGAGGAAUUAGAUGAGAUUGUGGAUUACUUGGAGAGUAAUGGUGUUAGAAUGGUUUGGAUGGGAUUUGUCAUGAGUCGAUGUCCUUACUUGUUAUCUUACAGCAUGGAAGAACUGAGAACUCGUGUGGAGUUCUUCUUGAAUAUGGGAAUGAACGACAGAGACUUUGGCACAAUGGUCUUUGAUUACCCCAAGGUGCUUGGACAGUAUACAGUUGAAGAUAUGAACCAAAAGGUCAACUAUUUAAAGGAGUUUGGCCUUGAGAUUGAGGAUGUAGGAAAAUUACUUGCGUACAAACCACAUUUGAUGAAUUGUAGCAUUGAGGAUAAAUGGAAGCCUCUUGUUAAGUAUUUCUACUAUCUUGGAAUUUCCAAAGAUGGUUUGAGGAGGAUGCUUACAAUCAAGCCAGUGGUUUUCUGCCUUGAUCUGGAGAGAAUCAUUGUGCCAAAGGUGCAGUUCUUCAAAGACGUAGGAGUUCGAGAUGACGGGAUUAGUAACAUGCUUGUGAAAUUUCCAUCAUUAUUGACAUUCAGCCUGUACAAGAAAAUUCGUCCAGUUGUCAUAUUCUUGAUGACCAAAGCAGGAGUCAGGGAGAAAGACAUUGGGAAAGUUAUAGCUUUGGGGCCAGAACUUUUUGGUUAUAGCAUAGUACAUAAGCUUGAGGUCAAUCUCAAGUAUUUUCUGUCGCUCGGCAUAUAUACUCGGAAUCUAGGAGAAAUGAUUACUGAUUUUCCUAUGCUGCUCCGAUAUAAUAUCGACAUUCUUCGACCGAAGUAUCAAUAUUUGCGGAGAACCAUGGUUCGCCCUCUGCAAGAUCUUAUAGACUUUCCAAGGUUUUUCAGCUAUUCUCUGGAGGGGCGCAUCAUCCCGAGGCAUCAAGUUCUAGUUGAAAAUCGUAUAAAUAUCAAUUUACGUUCUAUGUUAGCUUGCACUGAUGAAGAGUUUAAGAACAAGGUUGCAGAUAUAGUGGAAAAACGCCAAAGAUUUGAAUCUGGUAACGUAGAUGGUUCUCUCUCCCUUGCCCAUACAACUCACAACUCUAUUGACUCGAGUAAAAUUGAUGACUUUUUGAGUGAAAAUAGAGAGGAGUGAUUUGAUACUUAAACUUUCAAAUUACCUCCCUACUUAAAAGAAUAUGACACAGAAGAAAAGUUCAAACUUGUUCUUAUGCCACGACUAUCGGGAUGGAUCGAGUCUUGUUUCUAUGAUAAUUAGUAGCCAUCCAACAACGUUCGAGAACAAAAGACCUUCCCAACAGAGAGAAGGUAAACAGUUAAGAAGGUUAGAACGAAACAGUGAUGAUUGACAAGUGUUGAUCGAUGCGCAGCAGAGGGAUUUCAGGACCAAAAAAACGCAAUAAAAGAACUACGCUGACAAGUUAAAUUAGCAGUCUCAGCUAAAGACAAGGGUGGACAUAAACUGUGGCUACAAAGUAUCAGUGUAUCACCCAUAUACUUCUCAUAAAAUUCUCUUUAAUGUAACUACAAUGUGGCACCCUCUGAAUUGUACAGAUGAGAGAUGCAAGAAAAACAUACUUCAGACAAUGACUAAUCUUUUGCCUACUAAUUAAACUAAUUCACUUGAUGAUAU